CCCCGGAUUGCCAAAGCGGUGCAAGGUUCCAAAUUUCCCUUUCAGGGAAGCGUUAUUCUUGACCUCAACUCCGACUCGAACACUGCUCGUGGCGUGUCGCUCUUGCCACUCGCGCGCUAUGCUGCGCGGAGCUCUGGGAUCCAGCUUUUCUUGCUCGAGUCGAUAAGGGCCGCUUCGCUGAAAUAACACCCUCCGGACCUAUACUGUACUCGGAAAUCGAAGCUCUUAGUGGGCGUCAUGAGCCUUUUUGGAUGUACCCGGCUUGGAUUUACUUCCUCGUGCUGACCUUCUCCAUGCGCCUGACCGUCUUGGCGCCUAUCGAAGAAAGCGCUUAAAGUCCACCGUAUCGAUCAGUCCACGGUUGCGAGUCUGCCCUCUCUUGAUUCUUUCCACCAUGUCUGACGACGCGAGAGCUCGAGAGACCGGUACCUCGACCCCUGACCGUCAGUCAACCCGAUUCGCCUCGACCGAUGAGGACGUUAUCGUGUUUCGAUCCAUCGACGGCACCCUCUUCAAUAUCCAUCGCUGUAAUCUACGCUGCGCGACAGAUGGGCCUUUUGCGGAAGACUUCCCACCCACGCCGGGAGAGAAGGUCGAGCUAACUGAGGACGCCGAUACGCUCGAGACCCUGUUCUCCUUCGUCUAUCCCGGUGUCUACCCAACGCUGGUUGACAUGCCCUUCCACAAGCUCGCGCUCGUCGCCGAAGCGGCGGAGAAGUAUCGCGUCGCAUCGGCGAUGGCUAUGUGUCGCGUUACAAUCCAUUUGGGAGCGUUAUAUAAAGAACAUGCGAUCGAGGCUCUACAGUACGCUUAUAAGCACGGCUACGAAGACCUUCUGAAUCUUGCUGCCCCGUAUUCUCUCAACACGAGCGUUCGGGACGUUCGCAGAGUCUGGCCACUUCCCCUUAUUGUGGCAUGGGCGGAAUGCAAAGAAGCGUGGCUACGCGCUUUUCGCGAAGAUUGUUAUGAGAUUCGACAUCGUUUCCAACAUCACACUGGUGGUAAAUGUAUGCAGUGGUCCAAAGUGGUGAGCGCUGUCGACGAAAGGGCGUCCGAUGCAGCUUCUCGGGCCAUAUUUGUGGAUUUGGAUGUCUUGUUCGACGGGGCGUCCGAAGGUGUGGCCUGCAUAGGAGGAACAUACGACUCUCAGAGUGUUGCUCGGUCAAAAUGCUACAUACAAUUGUAUGAAUGGAAGGAGCUAGUUCGACAGAAGACCUCUGCUAUACCAUCAUUAUCCACCUUUAUCUCGUUAUCGUAGUCUUAAUUAACACCAUUGCCGCGAGUUCACAGCCGUAAGAUCCUACUAAUAGGCUAGCCAGUAUUUGAAGUCUCCCAACGCAAUAUUCUUCACCC